CAAACACUGACAAUCCGUUUAUCAUGCUUUUUAGUGGGUUUACCAAAAUUUCCUUAGGAUGUCCCAAAUAGAAGUGAAAGCCUACCAGCUCCGCGACGAGGCCGUGAAGUGCGUGAACAGCACGAGCUUCCUCAAGCAGCUCUUCUCCAAGUCCAGAACGCACCUGCAGGAGUCCGUGGAGUACUUCAAGCGGGCGGGGAACCUGUUCCGCACGGCCAAGAACUGGCCCCAAGCGGCCACGGCCUUCUCCGACGCCGCCAACCUCAGCCUGAAGAGGAACGACUGCGGCGAGGCCGCCUACAGCCUCGUGGAGGCGGCGAAUUGCUACAAGAACUUCGACAGGUCCAGGGCUAUAGAAGUCUACCUCAAAGCUAUCGAUAUAUACGAGAAAAACGGGAAGGUUAUGACCACUGCCAAGUACUACCAAAUCAUAGCUGAAAUUUUGGACGACGAACUGGACAUCGACGAAGCGAUUCACUAUUACGCGAAGGCGGCGCGGCUUUACAGAAAAGAAAGCAGCUUCGCUGCAGCUAAUAAAUGUUACGAGAAAAUCGCAGAACACACAGCUCUGAUGCAAAACUAUAUCGAGGCCAUAAAGAUCUUCGAAGAGAUAGCUUGCUGGGACAUGGCCAGUUCCAUUCACAAGUACGCGGCGAAGCAGUACUUCUUCAGGGCCGCCAUUUGCCUGCUUUGCACCGGAUGCGACGUCGCCGCCAAGCUGCGAACCUACCUCAACAUACACCCGGCCUUCGAGGACACCAAGGAGCACCGGCUGAUAAUGUACCUGCACAACUGCUUGCAAGUGGGCGACGCGGAGGGAUACGAGAGAGCCAUCAAGAAAUUCGACGCUGUCACCGAGUUGAGUCAAUGGCACAUCACGAUGUUGCUCAGGGCGAAAAACAAUAUGGAGGAACCCUAGCGGAUGAAUUUAAUUUUGAAUAAAAUGUAUCGUAUGGAGUAGGUCUUUUUUUGGUUGUGGAACUGAAAAACUUGUGUUAAUUUUAGUCUGUAAUUACAAUUAUUAAUGCAACGUUUAGACAAUUAUUUACUGGAAUUACUCAGAACAUUUUGGAACUGUACAGGGUUGUUGGAACUUGCUUGGAACAGUUAUAAAUGGUUUAGAAGUACCCAUGACCUUUUGGAACCACUCAGGACUUUUGGGAAUUGAGUAGAGUCCUUUGAACUGUUCUAAAUGGUUUUGAACUGCCCAGGGCCGUUUGAAAUUGUUCUAAAAUGGUUACGACGAAU